AUUCUCACUCCCUCAGUCCUCUCACUCUCUCUCUCUCUCUCUCUCUCUCGCUCUCUGUGUUUUUGUCCAUAGUAGAGAAGAAGAUGUUGCUUGGGAAGCGUCCACGCCCUCCAAUCAAGAGAACAGCGAGCAUGUCUGGGAUCACCGUCGAUCCUACCGUCUUGGAACCUCAGGAACCGUCCGAUCAGUAUACAACAGCUGCGGGCCCAGCAGAAGCGCCCGUAGCUCACAACAUGAACUUCGUUCCCAAUGGAGGAUACGACCAACGUUUGUCGCCGAUGACGUCACCGAGAUCGAUCCAGAGGAGGAACUCCGGUGAUCAUUUCAUCGACACCGCUCACUUUCUUCACACGUGCGGCCUCUGUAAACGUCGCCUGGCACCUGGCCGUGACAUCUACAUGUAUAGGGGGGAUACGGCGUUUUGUAGUUUAGAGUGCAGGGAGCAACAGAUGAAGCAAGACGAGAGAAAAGAGAAGUGCACCGUGGCGUCAAAGAAAGACGGCCGCCACGGGUCACCUUCCACGGCGUCGGCCAAGGCGUCGAGCAAGAGCGAGACGGUGGCCGCCGCUUAAAAGGGAGAGGUAGUGGAGAGAUCGAUAACGGCGAGCUUGAAAGAUAUAUAUAUAUAUAUAUAUGUAUAGAGAGAGAGAGAGAGAGAGAGGGAGACAUCAAUGCAAUCCAUCUUCUCCUCCAUUUCCCCCCGUAAUUAUCUACGUGAAUACACGUUAAUAAUCCAACGGUUACUAAUGUAUAAAAUUGUACAAAAAGGCUUCAGUGCUGUUAUCGAUCUUUGUAUGGUGGCUAAUGUUAGCAGAUCCUGCUCCUUUCAAAUGGAAUUCUCACAUCCAUACA